GGUAUGUUUCCGGAAGCGCACACGUGUUUGGUCCUGCACUUCAACGAUGGUAACGUCGGUACCGUUGUAACUCAGAAACAGACAGAUUUUGUCACACUUUAAUACAAUCUCUGCCUUGGGGAGUUAGUUCAUGAUGGUCUGGACAAGCAGAGUUUGUCUCCGGAAGUAUGGCAACUUUGUGGAUAAUAUACGGCUUUAUGUGAGGGGUGGAAGUGGAGGAAUGGGUUUGCCCCGUUUAGGGGGACAUGGGGGAAAUGGUGGAGACGUUUGGGUGGUGGCCAAAAAAGGCACUACACUGAAGCAAAUCAAGGACAAACACCCUAACAAACGUUUCACUGCACAUGUUGGUUCAAAUAGCAGUAUUCAUGCUCUGAGAGGGGCUAAAGGAGAGGACACCCAGGUCUUUGCACCUGUUGGGAUCAGUGUUACAACGGACGAUGGGAAAAUCUUAGGAGAAUUGAACUGUGAAGAAGACAGACUUUUGGUGGCCAAAGGUGGUCACGGUGGCACUCUUCACUCUGGGUUUUUACCCAGUAAAGGUCAAUCCAGACAGAUACGGCUGGACCUUAAACUCAUCGCUGAUCUUGGACUUGUAGGGUUUCCCAAUGCAGGCAAAUCCUCCUUGCUGACUGCCUUGUCUCAUGCUAAACCAAAGAUUGCCAGCUACCCCUUUACAACUUUAAGACCUGAAAUUGGAAAGAUAAUGUAUGAUGACCACAAGCAGGUUUCAGUAGCAGACUUACCAGGACUCAUUGAAGGUGCUCACAUAAAUAAAGGCAUGGGACACAAAUUUCUCAAGCAUGUGGAGAGAACCAAGCAGCUCAUGUUUGUGGUCGACAUCUGUGGGUUUCAGCUAGCUAGUAACACUCCAUUUAGGUCUGCAUUUGAAACCGUGCUGCUUUUAACCAAGGAACUGGAGUUGUAUAAGGAGGAACUGUUAGGCAAGCCAGCAAUCCUGGUCAUAAAUAAGAUGGACCUCCCCGAGGCUCAGGGCCAUCUCCGAGAACUGGAAGCUCACUUAGAGAACCAGGAAGAAUCAAGCCGUCUCUUUUCUGAGGAUGUCAUCCCUAAAAGCCUAAUGCGUUUCACGCACAUCGUCCCAGUCUCUGCCACAGCUGGCCUUGGUCUGCCCUUGCUCAAGUCUCUCAUCCGCCAAUCACUUGAGGAGGAGGACAUCAUAGAAUCUGAGGGUCAGCGCAGUGAGAGGCUACUUAAGUUGAGAAGGGAGAUUCCCACUUCUUCCAUACCCAGUUGGGGGUUUUCUCAACCAACCUGAGAUCCCACAUGUGGGUUUCAGUAUGACAGAACAAAAAUGAUCCUCAGGGAUACUGUUGAACAUUUGCAGAUAUGUAAAAUAUGCAGUAUGCAGUUAAAACGCAUUCAACAGGACACAAACAGCACAUAUUUCACUUGACAGAUCAGUCUGUAUUGUAUAGACUAGUAUCUGUGCCUGAUAUGUGUUUAGAUGUUGCAUUCUGACCUUUGUGUCUGGGUAGGCUUUCAUGUAAUGCCAUGCUUGAAGAUGGUUUUAGCUGCUUUCCCAGUCUGAUCUUGCUGGUCUAGACUGCUGGAAGGCGUUUUGGGAACUUUACCAUUAACUACACUCUUAAAGAUAAAGGUGCUUCACGAUGCCGUAAAAGAACCUUUUUUGUCUAAAUGGUUUCAUAAAGAACCUUUAACCUCUGAAGAACGCUUCUGUUUCACAAAAGGUUCUUUGUGGUGAAAGAAGGUUCUUUAGAUAUAAAAAGAUGGAUCUUUGAAAGAACCUUUGACUAAAUGGUUCUUUGUGGAACCAAAAAUGGUUCUUCUAUGGCAUCGCUGUGAAGAACCUUUUAAAGCACCUCUAUUUUUAAGAGUGUAUACCAUCUGAACAGGCUGGGAGACCAGAUUUAAAGCUGGUCAUUUACAAAAAAAAAUUACAACUUUUUUUUUCCAAACAAGGUAAGAUGGCAAAAAAAAUGCUCUCUAUGAAAAUUAUUUUCUGUACUUUAUUCUAUAAAAAGUCACCACCCUGAGUUUAGGCCACCUGGAGUUUAAACCAGUUCUUAUGCAGUUAGCCUCCCUGUUUUUAAAGCUCUUUGUGCAAUUUGUGGAGAUGUUUGUAACAGAAUCGGAGCUCUACUGCCAUCUGCGGAUUUUUUUUUUUUUU